AUGCCGCAGAACGAAUAUAUUGAACGUCAUCAAAAGCUUUACGGUAGGAGGCUCGACUAUGAAGAGCGGAAAAGAAAGCGCGAGGCUCGUGAACCACACAAGAGAGCUGAAAAGGCGCGUAAAUUGCGUGGUAUCAAAGCUAAGAUCUUCAAUAAAGAAAGGCGCAAUGAAAAGAUUCAGAUGAAAAAGAAAAUUAAAGCGCACGAGGAGAAAAAUGUUCGCCAAAAUACAGAGAAAGUUGCUGAAGGUGCAGUUCCUGUAUAUCUUCUUGACAGAGAUGUACAAUCACGUGCUAAAGUGUUGUCUAACAUGAUCAAACAGAAACGUAAAGAAAAAGCUGGCAAAUGGGAUGUACCUAUACCUAAAGUCAGAGCUCAAGCUGAUGCAGAAGUAUUCAAAGUUCUGAAGUCUGGUAAAUCCAAGAGGAAAGCUUGGAAACGUAUGGUUACAAAGGUCACAUUUGUAGGUGAAAACUUUACACGAAAACCGCCAAAAUUUGAAAGAUUUAUCAGGCCUAUGGCAUUGAGAUUCAAAAAAGCACAUGUCACCCAUCCUGAAUUAAAAGCAACAUUCUGUUUGCCCAUCAUCGGUGUAAAGAAGAAUCCUAGUUCCCAAAUGUACACGAGUCUUGGGGUUAUUACAAAGGGUACUGUGAUAGAAGUUAACAUUUCCGAGCUGGGUUUGGUGACGCAGGCUGGUAAAGUUGUAUGGGGAAAGUAUGCGCAAGUGACAAAUAAUCCUGAAAAUGAUGGAGUUAUCAAUGCUAUUUUAUUGGUG